GUUUUUCAACAAACUCGACAUUUACAAGUUCACGAAUAUAUCGCAUAUACUUUUUUAAAAGAACGUGGAAUUCCAACUCCACCCUUUGGAGUAGCUAAAACUCCAGAUGAGGCUGCCAAGAUAGCAGCGGAUCUCAAGACGAAAGAUAUCGUUUUAAAAGCACAAGUUUAUGCUGGAGGGCGUGGACUGGGGCAUUUUGAAGGUACCAAUGUCAGCGGUGUUGAAAUGUGUGAAACUCCUGAACAAGCAAAAACUUUGGCUAGUAGUAUGAUAGGCAAAUUGCUAAUAACUAAACAAACUGGAACACCUGGAAAAAUCUGUAAUUCAGUAAUGGUGACAACACGUAUGUUUCCACGCAAAGAAUAUUAUAUAUCAGUAAUGAUGGAAACUUCUUUUGAUGGUCCUGUUAUAAUCGUAUCUAAACAAGGCGGUAUAAAUAUAGAAGAUAUUGCCGCCACAAAUCCCGAAGCUAUAUCGUAUACACCAAUAAAUAUCAUGAAAGGUUUAACACUUGAACAACUAAAUAAAAUUGUGGAUGAUUUGGGUAUACAAGAAGAAGGAAGAAAGAUUACUUCAUCAAUUAUUUGUAAUCUGUAUGAACUAUUUAUCGAGAAAGACGCGUUAUUACUUGAAAUUAAUCCAUUUGCAUUAGAUAUUUGCGGAGAAUAUUUUGCUUUAGAUUGUAAGUGUUCUUUUGACGAUAGUUCAGAAUUCAGGCAGAAGAAACUAUUUGCAUUGCAGGAUUUCACACAAAUAGAUCCUAACGAGGUACAAGCAUCUAAGUUUUAUCUAAAUUACAUAGCUUUAGAUGGAAACAUAGGAUGUUUAGUAAAUGGAGCUGGAUUAGCAAUGGCCACUAUGGACCUCAUACAACGCAAUGGCGGCAUGCCAGCCAAUUUUUUAGAUGUGAGCGGUAAUGCUACUGCAGAAAGUGUAAAGGAAGCUUUUAAGAUAAUUGUUUCUGAUCCGAAGGUGGAAGCAAUUUUUAUAAAUAUAUUUGGUGGUAUUAUAAGAUGUGAUAUAAUUGCACAGGGUAUUAUCGAUAUAUCAAAAGAAGUAAAAUUAAAUGUUCCCGUAGUUGUAAGGCUGCAGGGAACUAAUGUAGACAAAGCAAAUCAACUGAUAAAGGAAGCACAAUUAAAAGUUAUCUCUGUAGACGAUUUUGCUAAGGCUGCUGAAUCGGCUGUAAAAUUGGCAUUAAUGGUGCGAGUUGCAAAAUCUAUGAAUUUAGACCUUAUUUUUAUGUCCAAACAAUUGUCUACAAAAAAGGAAGAAAAAAGUAAGAAAUCCAAAUGAAAUAAAUUUUUAUAUUUUUUAAGAAAUAACAUAUAGCUGUUAUU